AUGAGUGAAACUGUAGCACAACAAGAUCCAGAGCAGGAAGAGAACAGGGCACAGGGUAUAUCACCAAAUGAAGAAGGGAUUUCAGUGCCCAUUCAAGAUGAUGGUUUGGCUGUUAGCCAGUACCAUCAUAAACAUCAACCCUUCAAGCUUCAUUUGAUUCAGACCGAAGGAGAUCCAAAUCUGAGAUGGUUGAUUCUUGAUGGCGCAAGAAUUGCACGAAGUGGACAAUUCUACUGCUGUCAUAGGCUCGCCCAGGCUGUCAAGUACUUCUGGGAGAGAGGGCACAGAAAGAUCAUCAUCUGUAUCCCGGAGUGGAUGAAACUACAUAAAAAUAUUGUAAUUUGCGGAAUACAUUAUUUGGAUAAACUACAGGACCAUCUGCAGGACUUGUUGGUCUAUACACCCUUUGAAGCAAAGGAAGCCAGCUUCAUGGAAAAACUAGCUAAGAAUUCUGGUGCGCUGAUUGUUACUUUGCCAGGCCCAGACAGCUGGAGUGAACCAUACCACAGAAUUCUUCAGUUUACAUUUAUGAAAGAUUCCUUUAUGUUACCUGAUGACCCAUGUGGCAAAGAGGGACCAGAUCUUUCCACUCUGCUUCUCUCAAAAAACAAUAUAAAGGAAAUAUCUGUUAAGAUAUUGAUUAAGGACCUGCUGGGAAAAUGGGAGGACUAUUCUAACAUCUUAAAGGACUUUAAGGAACUUAACCUCUCCUUUUCUGAAGAACCAGGAAAUGAUGACCUACCACUGGUGAUUAUUGAUGGGGGCAAUGUGGCUAUGAGCCACGGCCUGAACAUAUUCUACUCAUUCUUUGGUAUCUACCGGGCUGUUCUGCACUACUGGAAUAAAGGUUAUCGUAACAUCAUUGUUUGUGUGCCAAACUGGAGAAAGAACUCUGAAUACACCGGCUAUGGCUAUGAGUAUCUACACAAACUGUCCGAGAGAGGCCUUGUGGCGCUGACUCCUAGCAUAUGUUAUGAUGAUAGGUUUAUGCUUAAAGAAGCCAAGGAUAAAACUGGUUGGAUUGUAACAAAUGAUCAAUUUAAAGAUUUUGGCAAAGAAUGGAAAGAUACUAAAAACAGAUGCAUUCCCUUUGAGUUUAAUGGAAAUCACUUCAUUCCGAUUACAAUUUCAUCUGAGAUCCAUCAAGACCCACAGAUUCCGGCAUCCAGCAAGGUGUAUAACUAUGGAAAGGCGAUUGUCCAAGAUCCUUAGAAACUUACUCUGAUAAAGGCCAAGCCUAUGCAGGAACUAGAACCAGCACCCUCAGAAGACUCAAGGGCUGAACAACAUCAGAUAUCACCACAAGAUAGUGGGGGACUGAAAAAACCCAUCUCAACAUGCCCACAGGGUCUGUCCUCAAUGUUGGAACCAGCAUGCCAACAAGCUCACCUCAACAGGCUCAGAUCCGGCCAAAGAGUAACCGACAACGUCGGAUAUAGUGGAUUAACAUGCUCACCUCAACACGCUCAGAUCUAGCCAAAGAGGAACCGACAACGACAGAAACAACAAAACAACAAGCUUACCUCAACAGGCUCAGGGGAUCUGUCAACAGCGGAACCAACAACGUUGGAAACAGUGGACCAACAAACUCACCUCAACACGAGCACAUGUGGGGUAUACUACGAAUCUCGAUUAGUGGGUUAGCGAGGUAUGUUGCGCUUAAAGUCAG